UUUCAGCUUUGUAUAAACCCUGCUACGAACUCGAUGGGCUGUGCUUCGAAAAUUUCACUCUAAAAUAAUGUUCGUCUAUUAUUAGUCAACCCCUAAUAUAUAAUAGCGUUUUCUCGUCUAUGAGAAGGGGAAAAGUCGGCUAUAACUAUAAUCCCGAAUUUUUUCUUCUAUCUUGGCAUCGCAUUGAUCGCAAUUUCAAUAUCCAUGCACGCGAUGUCCAAACUCGAUGACAAUCUCUCGAACAGUGAUAAGCCCCUCAUAAAACACAAUUUUAACCAGAACAAUAAUGUCGUCAGCAUGCAGGGAAAGCCGAAGGGUAUCUUGAAAGAUGGAAAUAAUUCGCUGCAUUCCAGCAGCGUGGAAGUUCGAUCGGAAAGAAAAAGGUACUGUUUAUGGACGCUGAUAUUUUUGCUGGGAUUGAUGGGGCUCUGCAACUUGUUCCUGAGUAUCACAAUCAUAGCCGUUCUCCGUGUGAAUCAGGGCCAGGGCAUGGAGAGCAUGGAAGUGAUCCCUGAAGAAAAUCUGAUCAAAUUUUUCGGUAAAACCGAUUUGGACGGGCUCGGUCUACGCAGCGGUAUUUGUCAAGGGUACGGUGACGAACCGAUGGAGAUUUCGGGGGACAACGGCGGUGUGCAGAUAAACCUGAGGGUCUUGGAUACCGUAACAAACCGUGAUCCUGUUCGUUCAAACGUGCAGGUCCUGCACAACGGGACAACCAUAUCAAAGGUGGAAACCUUUCAAAUAAAAGACCCGCAAACAGGGUCGACUUAUUUUUCAACUAAUUUCCCCAACUUCGAGCUGCCUUCAGGGGUUGAAAAAAUUAACAUCGCGAUAGCGGAGACUCAUAGAGUAACAUCCCCGGUUAACGAAAGCCUCACGUUCAGAUCCGACAGAAAAGUAACCGUUCACGGAUCUGAGGGGGUGCGAAUGGAGGCGAAAGAAAUUGUGUGGUCCGGCGUCGAGGAUGUUUUUCUAAAGAGCGAUAACGGGAGCAUUAUCUUGAGUGGAAAAGAGGGAGUUUCUAUCGAUCUAAAACGUAUUCCCGUUGUUCCGCCGGAUCUCAGAACCCAGAGUAAAAGUAACCAUUAUAAAGUAUGCGUCUGCAUGCCUCAAGGAAAAUUAUUCCGGGUCCUAGUGCCUCCGGGAAACAAACAAGUGAAUUGCGCCCACGUUAGUAUGACAUCGGAACAUAAUCCUUGCAAGUAAUGGCGAAACUCAGCGAUUUAUCGAUGCCACGUGUUCAGCACAUCGAUAUCCAAAUCUUAAGCCGUCUUCCUUGCAAGCAUUUAUUUACAACCUGAAAGGGUAGAAGUCGGUAGAUCUGACUGCUUCCAGGAUUUACGGGACCUGAAUCCACCUGGCAUCGUUGGGAAUUGUUAGAAAUUUAUACGAGACCCAGAAUAAUGCAGAUUUUGGAAAGUUUUGUUGUCGAACAUCUGUAGAUAGCAACACACGGUCAAUUUUUAUCGAACAAUUACGCAUAUAGUGUUCAGGUUUAAGAUUUGUUACAGCUUUUGUCAGAUUAAAUUUAUUCAUAGAUUUCGUUAUCAAAUACAUUCACAUUUUGUAGAAAAUCAAUGUCACUUGGAUAUAAAUUAUUCAUUAUUUGUCGUCGGCGAGUAUGAUUCUAGUUCAAAUUCACGAGACACGCAUAUACACAUCAAUAUAAUAGUCGAUUGCAUAAUAUAAUUAAUAAUAACAGAAUGUUAAUCUAGAUAUUCAUGAAUGUAUCGAAUAUAAUAACAAUCUUAGUCGCAUUAAAUAUUAAAUGUUUGUCAAAAAAAAAAAAAAAAAAAAAUCGUUUGACCAAACGAAUUACCCACUUGCGUAAUAACUGAAGAAUCACGCAACGACGAUCGGUUUUUGAAAGAACUGAAUUUUUUACCAUCAUAAUUAAUUGUAAUAAAUACUUUUUAUGUGGUGAAGAAACAUCAGAGAAUAUACAUGAAAAAAUUGA